UUGAUGCUUUAAAAAAAUAUGUCAAAGUUAUUAAUUCUGUCAGCGAUAUCGAAAAUCGAGAAACACUGAAGACUUUCUAUAACGAUACACAAAAUCCUAUUAAAACCACUAAUUUAGUAAUUCUAGCGUGUAAAUAUAAUAGGCUAGAAAUUCUGAAAUGCUUGCUUGAUAAUGGUAAAGUCUUGGAAAACCUAUCUGUUAAUGUUUGUAAGGAUGCUAUUACACCUGGUGAUAAAGACGAAUCAUGCCACGAUGCAUUUUAUUACGCUGUACUUUCUGGUAAUGUCGACCUUAUUGAAACUCUAAUCAAAAAUUGGUCGUGUGAUUAUUUUGCUACUCGUCCAGAAGAGCUAGAUGAGGUACUUUCGAGAGCGUACGAGGAAUUGAAGUUGAAAAACGUGUCGUUGUCAGAGAGUAUGGAAAUUUUUGUCCAAAGCCAAUUGAUUAAUCUUCGUUUUUUCUCGAAUUCUUCAAAAAAACAUCGAAUUAGUGACAGAGUCAAGAUUGAUAAUAUCAGAGAUCGAGUUGAUUUAGUGCUAGAAAAAAUCGUUUUUUUGAAGUCGAUUUCUGAUGUCGAGAAAUUGGAUGAAACAUUUUUAUUCGUCGCUAGGUUCAUUGCUCAAAAUAUUCACGUGCUCAAACGUCAAUUGAAGUUCACCUACGAUAGAUUACCUUGGGAAGAAGUUGAAUUUUGUUUAGUUUCUUUCAUUUCGUCUUAUGUCAAUCAGCAAGAAAUUAAUUUCUUUUAUCGCGCAAUUUUAAAUAAGAGCAAAAUUAUUCGCUAUUUAGAACAAUUUGCUUAUAAACUCGAAACUGAGAAAUCGAAUAUUGAAAAUGAACGAGUUAAUAACCUAGCUGAUCUUCCGAGGCGGGAACGCGAUCAAAUUGUCACCGGCAUCAUUUGCAAUAAUCCCGAAUUUCAAGACCUGUACAACGAUUAUCAAUGUAUCCGAGAUAUUCAUUCUUUGCAGAAAAUAAACGAGUAUCUCAACCUCGCUUUAUCAAUCGAUCCUAAAGAAAGACGAGGCCAAUUAAUUAUUAGUCGUGCUCUGCAAGUCAUGGGCGAGUAUCUUAAAAACACAUUGGAAUCUCCAAAGCUAUCUUCUACUACGAGCGAGCUUAUUCUUCUAUCAUUGCCAGAAAAUACCAGAAAAAUCGUCAUCGAUUUACGUAACUCACUAUCGCAUGCUUAUUCGCUUUUUAGAAGAAGCGAAAUCGAAGAAAAUUCCGACGUCAGCUUUUUUAUUGGUGUUCAGAAUAAUACAAAAAGAAUUUACGACGUGAUUACCAAUAUUCUUUGCGACAAAAAAAUCAAAAUGAUCCGGAAACUGUUGCAGGAUAUCGUUGAUAGUGAAAGUUUGCACGAGUUUGUAGAAAUCGCCGAAGCAUUGAGCAUCUUCAAUGUGGAUAAAAUGAGCGAGAAUAGUUUCAAAUUGACGGAACACGAGAAUUUGGAAAAACUCAUCAACGAGAUGAGUGAUGCUAUUUCUGACAAGACCUACUACGAAAAAAAUCUCUUUGAUCAAAUCAGGGAGAUAAUGAACGCUGCAAAAAACGAGUCGCGAAACACCAUAUCUGAUUAUAACUUGAAAUUCGCAAUGUUGAAAGGUCUUCUGUGUUCCUUGCGGAUAAAUGGUGGUCAUAGUCACAAUAGCAAUCAUGUUAGGAUACAAAAAUACAUAUUUAAAACCACAUUGCAGAAUUUUUUCCCCGAAGAAACAUCAUCACCCAGUCUGAAAGAAAUCGUGGAAUUAGCUAUGCCUAUUUUUCAUAGCGUCAAAUCGAGACUACAGGGUGAUGAUCUACAAAGAUUGAUCACAUCCAUGUUUAAAAUCGUUCAUAUUGCUGAAUUCAGAAUAAAUGACAUCAAAUGGAUUAAGAAUUUGAGAGAAAAAUUACAUGAAAAAGGUGCCUUUUCUUCUGCAUGUGAAGAAAACCAACCGUUCCAGACUUCCAAAGAAAAAUACCAAAAACAGCUUACAUUGAAAUUGUCCGAAUUGAAAACUGUUUUGAAAGAUCCAGUAAAAGGCGAAUUGAAUAAAAAAACUCUUCAUUGGACGGAUAAAAAAUUUCAAGCUGCAAUAGAAAUGUUGGUUCUGGACAUCUUGUUAAUUUUAGGCGAAUCCGAUAACCAUCUAGAAGAAACCCUCCUUUUCUUGGAUGAAGAUAGUCCAUUGCUGCUUGGAAAAUGUCUACGUAAUCACUUAGCUCAUGGUAAUACUUUACUCGAUGUAUUAAUGUCUCAUUCAUCUACAGCAAUAAUUUUAAAUGCCGAAAAACUCGUUUCUGAAAAUAUUGCCAAAAGUAAUGGAAAGAUUGGCAAAUUAGUCAAAGAUGAUCCUACCAAGUUGAAGGCUAAAUUUGAUCAGGAUCUCAUCACCGUUGUAAAUCAAGGGGAAAUGUUCACUGCAUUAGAACAAGGUGAUUUUGAAGAAUUGAAGAAUUGUAUCGCCAAAGGAGCAGAUAUUCGUGCUAAAAGUAUCAAUUCAUGGUCUGCGUUGCAUUUUGCUUCUCGUGGACCUAGUCUUGAAGUUGUAAAAUUUAUUCUCAAUCAGAAUUUAGACGCCAAUGUUAUAAACGCAGAGGGCCAAAAUCCACUCCAUAUUGCUGCUUCUAAUGGAAGAAAAAAUAUUGUCGAAUUUUUCAUCACAAAAGCAGGCAUUUCUGCUAACUCUCCUGAUCAAUUCCGAAGAACACCACUACACUUCGCAGCUAAAAAUGGUCACAAAGAUGUCGUCAAAGUACUGCUGCAAAAUAAUGGAGAUACCAGUAAUGUGACCGAUUUAUCGGGUUUUCUUCCGAUGCAUCAUGCUGUGCAACACAAUCAUGUUGAAGUCGUUAAAAUUCUGCUGGAAAAAGGCAGGAAUGUUGAGCACGAGGUUUUGGCUGGCUUUACACCUCUACACAUAGCUGCAGAAAAUGGUAGACUAGAGAUGGUCAACUUUUUGCUCAGUUGUGGGGCAAAUGUUAGUGCGAAACAUGAUAAACGAGCUACACCAUUGCAUCCAGCCGCCCUGAAUGGGCAUUUCGAAGUUGUGAAAGCUCUAAUUUCAAAAGGAGCCGAUGUCAAUGCUAGAGCUUUAGAUGGUGGUACUCCUUUACUCCAUGCAGUGGAAACUGGUCGUCAAGAAAUAGUCAAUUUUCUAUUGAAGUAUGGAGCUGAUCCAAAUAUAGCUGUAAAACUUCAUUGCGAUACCCCUUUGCAUUAUGCCACCAGUGAUGGACACGAAGAAAUUGUUGAAGCUUUACUUUCUUACAAAGCAGAUCCCAAUCUUGUCAAUGCUGACCGUAUAUCUCCAUUACAUAUCUCAGCUCAGAUUGGCAAUUUGAAAAUGGUAACCCAGCUUCUGAAACAUGGUGCAGAUGUUCGUGCUAAAGCUAUUAAUUUUCAGACGCCAUUGCACUGUGCAGCUAAAAGUGACCGAGAAGAAAUUGCUCAACUUCUGAUACAAAAUGGGGCGGAAAUUGAUUCUAAAGCUGAUGAUAAUUCAACCCCACUACACUUAGCUGCUCUUAAAGGACACAAAGAUGUUGCUGCUCUUUUGAUAAAAAAGAAAGCCAGAAUUAAUAUUGAAAAUGAGGCUGGUCAGACACCAUUAUUUGUUGCUGCUGGAAAUGGCCAUGUUGACAUCUGUGAGCUCCUAAUUGCCCAAAAUAAAUCCAUCGUUGAUUUUAGAAAUCAUAGGGGUUUGACAUCUUUGCAUUUUGCUGCUUCCGGUGGUCAUGUAAACGUUAUCAAUUUUCUCAUUAAAAAUGGAGCUUAUGUGAAUACCAGAGAUGAAAGUGGCUUUACACCUUUACACACAGCUAUUCUGCGCAGUAACAAAAAUUUGGUCAAGUUUUUAAUAGAAAAUGGCGCAAUGGUAGAUACAUCUCAAAGUUCUGAAUAUUCGUCAUUGUUUCACAACACUUCUGUAAUUUCACCUCUGUUCUUGGCUGUUGAAGCAGGUCUAGAAGAUAUUGUUGAGAUUUUAAUAGCAAACGGAGCCGAUGUCAAUGGAGAGAAUGGCAAACCUCUGCUGCAGGCAGUACAAAAAAAUCAUAAGGGCAUAUUAAAAAUUUUACUACAGAAUAAAGGUACUAUUGAUUUCAAAAGUGAUGACGGUCAUUCGUUGUUACAUAUUGCUGCUAUAAUGGGUCAUAAGGAUAUUGUUAAAGUUCUGAUAGAGAAUGGAAUUGACGUAAAUGCCACGAGUUGUUUUGAUAUAACACCAUUGAACCUUGCAUCAAGACUAGGUCAUGAAGAAAUAGCAGAAAUUUUGAUUAGAAACAAUGCCAAUGUUAAUAAUAUCGUCAAUUUUGAUGGUAGCACUCCGUUGCAUAGUGCUGCUGUAGGGGGUCACGCAAAUAUCAUUAAACUUCUAUUGCAAAAUGGAGCAAAAAUGUUGAAAAAUGGUAAAAAUAGAUCAGCUUUGGAAUUUGCAGUCGCAUAUAGACACUUGGAUGUGGUUAAAAUAUUACUCCAGCAUAAAACUGUAAAUUUAAAUGCUAAAGGUAAUGCAGAUUGGACAAUUCUCCACAUUGCUUCUCAAGAAGAUAACUUAGAAAUUGUAAAAUAUCUUGUGAGUAAAGGAUGUAACAUUCAUGCCAAAAAUAGCUCAGGCUCGAAACCAAUUCACAUCGCUGCUAGAGAAGGUCUUAAAGACAUCGUCGAGUUCUUUUUGAGUAAAGGAUUAAAAGUUGAUGAAUGUGGUCAUAAGAACCAAACAUUACUACACUAUGCUGUAAUGAAAAAUGCAUCAGAAGUUGUUAAAUUCUUGAUAUCCGAGGGUGCUGACAUCAAUGUUAAAGAUAAUGUAGGUUCAACCCCGCUUCAUACUGCCGCACUGCAUUUUUCUGCAGACGUCAUCAGAGUUCUUUUGGAAAAUGGAGCUGUUUACAACCCCGUUGACAAUCAAUCCUUGAAACCAUUGGAUGUAAUGAAUGAAGCCAAUGGGGUAUUUGACACGAGCACAGGAAAAUUUAUGGAAACCGUAAAAAAUGAACAUUUAUUAAAUCUGUUUGUUUCUACCGAAAACUUAUUCCAGGCCGUUAAAGAGGAAAAUCCUUCAGCUGUCAAAAGUGCCAUCAAAUUGGGAGCUUUCAUCAAUGCCAAAAAUGCUUACACUGAAACUACUCCGUUACAUUAUGCUGCUUGGAAGGGCUGCGUCCAAGUUAUUGACAUUCUGUUGGAAAAUAAAGCUAAUCCCAACUUGGUUUGUAGCAAGAAAUAUACUCCUUUGCACUACGCUGCCAAGUUCUCAAAAUUCAAAUGUGUGAAAGCCCUAAUGUGUCACGGUGCAAUUUACAAUCCAGUUCCUGACAAUGGUAAAAUACCAUUGGAUUAUGCUACAGAUAAAGAUGUAAUUAAUUUACUGAAAGUAACCGACAAAUGCUUUGAAUUGGUUAAAACCAGCAACACUCGAGUUAUCAGUAUUCUCAAGAAAAUGAAAGACAGUGGCACAUUGAAAUCGAUCAUGAAUGCUUGUAACAAAGACAAGAAAACUUUGAUGGCUGCUGCUCCUCAAAGUAAUUCUGCAUUCGUCGACAGAUUAAUGGAAGUUGCAGAUGGUGCUGGAUCUGAUCAGAUCAAAGAAGCUAUCACCCUCCUGGGUAAAGGACGUUCCCAACCUGACUUGAGUAUUCUCAAUAAUUUAUUCAACAAAAGAAAACGAUUACUUGGACCCAAUAAUCUGGCCACUUUGGAUAUUCAGAAGCUUAUGGCGAAAGCGUUUUACAAACAAGGAAAUCACCAAACAGCUUUAGACAUGCUUGAAAACGUUUUUCUAAAACAGAAAGAAAUGCUCGGUUUGAAAAACAAAGACACUUUGGAAACAAGAAGUUCAAUCGCUUUGAUACUUCACAGACAGGGAAAAAAUAACAAAGCUUUGGAUAUUUUCCAAGACGUUUACCCCAAACAAAAAGAAUUACUGGGUUCGAAUCAUCAUGAAACGGUAGAUACGCAGUUCCAUAUGGCUCUAGUGCUGGAAAGUCUAGGUAAACACGCCGAAGCCUUACGCAUCAAUAAAGAAGUCUUCGAGAGAAGGAAAAAUGAGCUAGGCAUAGAUCAUAUAUCUACAGUGUCGGCUCAAAAUAAUAUUGCCAUGGUACUCGUUAGUUUGGGCGAAUACAAAGAGUCGUUGAAACUUUACAACGAUGUUUUUCAAAAGAAAAAAUCUUUGUUGGGUAUUGGUGAUGCUGCCACAUUAGGAACUUUGAGCAAUAUUGGUGUAGUAUAUGUAAAACAGAAUAAACUUCCAGAAGCUGUAAAAGUUUUUCAAGAGGUUCUAAGUAUUCAGAAAAAAACGUUGAUACAAAAUCAUCCAGAAACUUCGAAGACUCAAUUCAACUUGGCAAAAGCACUUUUUGCUCAAGGUAAAGACAUAUCAGCAUAUAAAAUCUAUAAAGAAUGCUAUGAUCAAUGGAAAUCAGUUUUUGGGCCAAAUCACCCUAGAGUUAUUCUUAUUGAGGGAAUGGUCAAAAAAUUUUUGCUUAAAUGCGAGAUGCAAGGCCUAAACAAAUUUGAGAUUAUUCAGAAUCUUCAGACAGAUAUCAACAUUGCUGUUUGUAAGGGUGAUUUAUCCACUGUUGAAUUACUGCUUAAAUGUGGAGCCGAUGUCAAUGAAUGUGACAUGGAUGGUAGAACUCCUCUGCAUUAUGCUGUGAAUAAUGAACGUCUUGAUAUUGUCAACAUUUUACUUGAUAAUGGUGCGAAUUUCACUCACGCUACGAAUAAAGGUAAUACGCCUUUGCAUACAGCAACCUCAAAACGUAGUACCGAAAUUGUCAACGUAUUGCUGCAACGUAUCAGUUGCGAUAAAUUAAACGAAUUCGUCAACGCUAAAACUACCUCCGGCGGUACCACAUCUCUCCAUGUUGCUGCUGAAAAUGGUACCUUGGAUAUCGUAAAAUCCUUGCUAAAUCAUGGUGCAACAUACAACGUCACCAACAAAGCAGGCAAAACUCCAAUCGACCUUUCUACGAAUCAAAAAAUCACCAACUUACUCAAAUUAAGCGCCGUAUCAUUCGUUGGUGACAAACGAAAGGACUGAUCAGAAUUACCCUAUUGGCGAGGUGGCAAUUAUUUUUGUCAUUUUUAUUGUCAUAUUGGCAUUUUUUAGUUACGAGUAGAAUUCGCACCUUCAAAAUAGGAAAGAAAAUAACCACAUAAAUGUCAAAACAUUGCCACAUAUUUGAUUUCGCACAUGUGCAUCUUGCUGCGGUAGACAAUGAAUUGUCAAAAUGUUGGCAAUAAUUUGCUUAUAUCUAACUUAUAGACAAAUAUUGCCAACAUUUUGACAAUUAUUUUUGCCAACAUCAGCGCCAUGCGCUUGCGCAAGACAUUACAGACGCUAAAUUUUGUUUACAAUUCAGAGAGAGAUUAGGGGGGGGGGGGCAUUGUAUUGAAAUUCACUCGAACUCGAUCAUUUUUCAAAUGUUGACUGUGAUAAUGCGCUCACUUUUUCACUGAACCUAAUGAGCAUUCUGUAAGGUACAAGUAUGGCCCAACUGCCUAGCAGUUAUUCUCGUAAUAAUCACAGUAGGGGAAAUGAUGAUAAUCGUCCCUGAGAGGAGAAAGUGCGAUCUGUUCUCCUUCUUCUAAAAGAACAACCCUUAUACUGGAAGUAUGGUAAAGUUGAUGUUUUUGCAUUUUUGGGGUUUGCAUGACCCCCUGCAACCAAAAAUAACACUUUGAGUCGGGUAUGCUGCUUAGAUCAUGUAAAAAAUGCAAAGGGCCUAACUCAAAAUUUCUACAACAUUGCAAGUUGUUUGGAGUUAUAAGGUCGCAUCUCAAAAAAAUCCUCUUUCUUUGAGUAAAAUUUGCACAUACAAAGUGUCAGAAACCAGUUUCGAUAGUGUUGAACGUUUUUAAGAUGUAAAAUAAUCACAAGGAGUGUAUUUUUUGUAGGUUUGUUCCAAAACAAAAAAUUUUUAAAAUAGAACAUUUUUCAGAAAAAUUAAUUUGCAUAUAUACUAAAAUUUUAGUUUUUUGGGAAAAACUCAAAAACUAAGCACUCUAGAAAAAAACUAACGACAUUAUGUCGAUUGGAAAUUUAAUUCUCUACAAUUUUGUUAACAAGAAAAUUUUUUUGGACGCCUUUUUUCGCCUCCAGAUCACUUUUUAUGAAAGGUUAUAACUCAAAAUGUUUUCCAAACAUUGAAAUAUUUCCUCUUUAAGAUUUUAUUUUACAAAAUAUUCUUAUGCUAAAUGAAGGUAGGAUACCCAAUCUUCAAAAUGACAUGCUAUUCAUUCCUCACAAUUGAUUAUAAGUUGAUGAAAAUAAUGAAUCAAGUUUUAAAAAAAAAGAAAAUCACUCUCCUGUAAAAUUUCACUUUUUUGAGAUGUGACCUUAUAACUCCCGAGGUGCGAUAUAUUAGUAUUUUUAGUGUUUUGGUCAUUCACUCACUUUUUGAAAUCAAUAAAAUUUCAUUUUUUAUGUAGGAUUUUAGGUACAUUAGGUAGGUCUAGGUACAUCGUAUUUAUUUCUCAAUUUCCAUCGCAUUGGUGGUCUAAUGGUGAUGGUGAUUACUUUAUUUUUUCAAGACAAAUUAUUAAUUUUUGUACCUACUUCAUUAUUAACUUAAAAACGUUUGUAUUUUUUAAAAUUUACUUACUCGAUGCUGUAAAAUAAAGAUGUUUUUUAAACUUGAA